AUGCCGAUCAACCGUACACCGCCGCCCGCUUCGCCCGUGCCUGUGAGCUCUGAUGAUACAUCGCCAUCGCAGACAUCGCGGACGCGCGCAAUCGACGCGAUAGAACGGACGACAAAACUUCACAGUGAAUCGGCGCCUGAUAUUCCAUCGCUUACGUUAAAUGUCACUGAGCGUAAAAAAAGGAAACAUGACGGAGUGAAUCCUAACAUUAUGUCUUAUAUGAGUGAAUUUUUUUCAGUUUAUACGAAUGAACAAGCAAAGCAUUUCAAAGAUUUACAAACUAUAGUUUCUAGUAUAAAAAAGAGCGUCGAUACUAUGUCAAGCAAGUAUGAUGAGUUUCUAUCACGGAUAUCCGUUCUAGAGGCAAAGAAAAGGCAGGAUAGAUAUAUUAUACAACAACUACAGGAGAAAAUAGAAAAUAUGGAAAGGAAGUCCAGAUUUUCGGGAAUAGAAAUAAGAAACAUACCUAAAAACAAUGAAGAAUCAAAAGAAAAUCUAUGUAGCACUGUUAAAAAAUUAGGGGAGUGUUUGAUUGUAAAUUUGUAG